GGUUAGGUGAACUUUGUCAAUCUAUAACCAAAAUUAGACUAUGUUUGGACUUACCAAAGUGGGCCUUGUGCCGGCUAGAAUGAGCCUUCAGUCUGUCAGAACCUUCAUCCCAUUCAAGAACGGUUCUGUUCCUACAGUAUAUGAACCAUUACCUCCUAAGAGAGACGGUGAACUGGCAUUGUCGUUUUUGCAUAAGGAGUUAUAUGCCAAGCUCGACCCUACUGGAAAAAGAAGAGCUUUAAUCGCAAAGGAUAGCAGCUCCCGUUUGCGUUCCGGUGAUGUUAUCAGAGUCACUUAUACCGACAGAUCCACUGUUUUGGGACAAGUGAUUGCCAUUAAGAGAAGUUUCACAGACAGUAACAUUUUAUUAAGAAAUAAAAUUACAAAGUUAGGAUGUGAAGUUAGAAUCCCAGUAUUUAACCCAAAGAUCAAGAAUAUUGAGUUGAUUUCUCAACCAAAGAAAUAUCUUUCUAGAGCCAAGCAUUACUACAUUAGAAACACAAGACUUGAUGUGGGAGAUUUGGAAGCUACUCUUAGAAAGAAAUAGAUCACAUAUAUAUAACCCUGUACAUAUACAUAAUAAAGAACGAAUAAGAAUUAAAAUCAUAGUAAGCAUGUAUAUAUAUCUAUAUAUGUGUA